AUGCGUUCAACAACUAAAAACCCCCUAUUGAAAGUAGUAAUUUUGGGUGACGGUGGUGUAGGCAAAAGCUGCCUGAUGAACCGUUUCGUCUCGAAUCAAUUCGACGAACAUUCCUUCCACACAAUCGGGGUGGAAUUUUUAAAUAAGGACUUGGACAUCGAAGGACAAACCUACACUUUACAAAUUUGGGAUACUGCAGGUCAAGAAAGGUUCAAAACUUUGCGAACUCCUUUUUAUAGGGGCAGCGAUAUUUGUAUGUUAACUUAUGCCAUUGAUGAUAAAAUGAGUUUUAAAAAUUUGGAAAUGUGGCGCAAAGAGUUUGCAUAUUAUGCUGAUCUCAAGGAGAGUAAUCAGAUACCUUUUAUUGUUGUAGGAAAUAAGUCUGAUGUCUCUAGUGAAGCAAGAGAAGUUUCCCAGCUAGAAAUGGAAACUUGGUGCAAUGAAAACAGUAUAACUUCGUGUAUAGAAACUUCAGCUAAAAGUGCCAGCAAUGUAGAGGAAGCUUUUAAAAUGGCUGUACAACAUUGGUUAAGGCUGGAAUCUAGGGCAGAUAUCAAUGAAACCCAUGUAAAUGAUACUGUGGAUUUGUCUAAAAAAAUUGGUGAUAGUAAUAGAAUGUCUUGUUGUGUGGGAGGCGGGGCUGCAGGAGAUGAUGAUACAAAUAAUUAG